ACCAGCAGCAUCAUCCAGCAUUGUGGGCAAGUUUGUCUCGAUAACACAGUCACAAUGGUUCGUGCGAUGCAUAUUCUUGCAACGUUGCUUGCUCUACAAUUCAGUUAUGGAAAUCCCCAACCUGGAUAUCCUGUUCAUCCUCAUUUUCCACCUAAAGAUUGUGAACCGUAUCCAGUACCCUGUCCUUACCCAAUACCUGAACCGGUUUGUGAAAUUCCUGUAAUACCACCACCACACUACCCUCAUCCAAUACCUGAACCAGUGUGUGAAAUUCCGGUAAUACCACCACCACACUGUCCUUAUCCAAUUCCUGAACCAGCAUGCGAAAUUCCUGUACUACCACUACCUCACUACCCUUAUCCAAUACCCGGACCAGCAUGUGAAGUUCCUGUGAUACCACUACCACAUUACCCUCAUCCAAUACCUGAUCCAGUCUGUUAAAUUCCUGUAAUACCAUCAUCACACUAUCCUCACCCAAUACCCGAACCGGCAUAUGAAAUUCCUCUAAUACCACCACCACACUACCCUCAUCCAAUACCCGAACCAGUAUGUGAAAUUCGUGUAAUACCACUACCACCAUAUGGUCCACUCCAACCACAUCUACCACAUGCAGGACCAUUACAUCCGAUUUACUAGUCGAGAAUUUGUUGGAAAAAGGACCUUUAAAUAAUGAACUCAUAUUUUUUGCCGAAGAAAUUGAAAUACUAUCACCUAAAUUUUCAGCUGCUGGAUUCCUUCAGAUCAAUAGAACCAUUUUGUCUGUGAUCUUUUCAUCACUUGUGGCUUAUUUUAUUAUAAUUAUCCAGUUUAAUUCUGCAUUCUAAGCUGUGUAAGGUAUUAGGAAAUAAUGUUUAGGUGGCAUAAGUAGGUAUCAUGGCUUAUAUUUUAUUGAAUAUGUAUUAAAUAUAAUGAUUAACAAAAAAUAA